GAGGUUAUGUUCGAACAGCUGAUUGCGAUGAUUUUCUGGACUCCGGAGGAGCAUCAUAGUCCGAAAAAGGCAGUCAAAAAAGUGAUGAUUUGAGAUAAACAAAUUUCAAAAUGCCUCACUUUGUUAGCGUGUCUGAGGAGAAGGGGAAGCUCGACGUUUCGGACAUUUGUUCGGAUUUUAAUUGCUUGAAAGUUUCGGUGAUGCAGAAAGCCUCACGAAUAUCAGGAAAGCUUGAUCAAGUAACAAUUGGGCCAGAUUCCACCUUUUCGUUUGAGGAUUCCAAUUUAUCUGAAAAUAUUGAGAAUGAGAAGAACUCUUGCAAUUUGCCAGAGGCGAAGAAAAAUUCGAAAUCGGCUAACUUUUCUUCUUCGCGAAGCGGACUCAAUUUCUCGAUCAAGAAAAUCCUCCACGAGAAUGAAGUCCAGAGAAAGGAAACUGUCCGGCAAAAAAUGGAAAUGAGGAGACAGGAAAUGGAGAGAUCGGCCCGAGCUUGGAAGAAGGAUGUAGAAAAUUACCAGUCGAUUUUGGCUUUGAAAAGACAGCAGGAGAAAAGGGAAGAUCUCGCUCGUCUGGAGGCGGAAGAAGAGAGACAAGCGCAACAGAGUGAAAUGCGAAGGAAACAUGAGCAGCAGCUACUGGCCCAAAGGAUUCAGGAACAAAAAGAAAGACUCGAAAGGGAUGCGGAGGAACAGAGGAAAAAAAUCAGAGAACGGUCAGAGGCGGUGGAAAAAAUUCAAAUUAAUUUUCACGAAAGGUGGCGAGAUUUCGAGGCACUCACUCAUUCUUGCCGAGAUAAAUACUCGAUUGGACCUUAUAUCGCGAAAGUCAAUGAACUCAGCGCCCAUAUGGAAACAAUCGGAAAUGCAGCGAGGGCGGGAAGACUCACAUCCGCGGAUUUGGAAGUAGCAGAAAUGGUAGUGCAGGACAUCGACGAGGUUCUUCGCCUAUUCCAACUCGAAAUAGAAAGAAUUAACGCAAUGUACGAUGCGAAAAUCGCCCAGAGGGAGCAGGAAUUAAAACAGGCGGAGAUUAUGGCGGAAAUUGCUCAAUUGAAGGAAGAAAAUCGCCAGGUGACAAAUGAAAUCCAAGCUUCCGCUUAUGCUGUUCCGGAGACCGAAGUCACUGAUUCCGGAAAUUCUGGGAAUUCUCCGGCUAUUGCAGAAACGGCUUAUAAAAAUGAAGAUAAUCAACCUGUGAUCGAGCUUUACAAAUUGGUAGACAAAGAAUCUCUCAAACUUUACGUCCAGAGUAAAGAUUUCUUGGAGAAGUAUCUAGAAAGUUAUAAAGAUCUGCUGAAAAGUACCGAGACGAAAAUUUUUCGAUUUGAGUGUCAAAAGGCGAUAAAUAUUCCCGUGAAUGCAAUUUCGGCAAUGAGCAGGGAGCACUUGCUUGAUAAAUACAAAAAGCUUCGUGAUCUUUUGACUGGAAAAUUUUCCCAGGAUCCGAGAGCCGAGGCUUUCUGCAAAAAUACUCUUGCGAAGAAGAUUGUCAGUCAAGGAGAGACCCUGGUUUCGAGUAAACCGGAAAUGGCAUUUGCGAUUGCCGCAGUUGUCGUCGCUUUGUGGAACGAUAGUCCGGAAUUUGGGGAACUUCUUCUCGCGAAUUUUCGAGUUACGUGUCCCUUUAUCGUGCCGGCCUUUUUCCCGCAGGGAGAAGGGCAAUCGAACGAAGACUAUUAUAAAUCCUUAGGCUACAAAUAUUCGGAAGACGGGACGGUCGAGAGGCAGGAUAAGUUCUUGAAACGAAUUUCUGGACUUCUGAGGCUUUACGCAUCGAUUGUCGUGACGGUACAGAGACGAGAAGUGACUCGAGCUCAUCCCCACGGAUUGCAAAAUGCGUGGAGGUGGCUUGCGGCAAUGCUAAACAAUGAACCACGACCGGAAAUGUCAGACGUUUGUGCAACUUUGAUCCUGGACAUGUUGGAAGUUACAGGAAAUGCUUUGUGGAGCGCUUAUCCGAAACAAUUUCCCAAACUUCUCUCAGCAAUGAAAGAUGAAUAUUAUUCAUUGAUGGGGAAAAUUGGUGGAAUUGGAGGAGGGCCAAUGGCCCGAUUGGAAGAAUUUCUCGAAAAAUGUCGGAAACAUGGAUUUAUUGAGCCCCCGGAAGGACUACUUUCUCCUGACUUUUGGUGAAAGGAUCUGAUGAUAAAUAGAAUAUAUAAUUUAGAUUAUAAAUAGGUACUAUUAUAAUUAUAAUAGUUAACAGAAUUUAUAUUUCCUAUAUAUGUGACCGUCCGGAAAUAAUUUUUUUUUAUUUUUUUUUAUUUCAAUGGAUAGUUAUUCUGCUCUUUCGUAAUAAAACAUAAUUUAUGUAUCUUUUGUAUUUCCUCCUGCAUUAUAAAGCUAGCAAUGCUACCUUUUUUUCACGGACGGUCACUCAUAUUAAGUGAAAGGAAAAAGUAAUUUUACUUCUUUUUCAUUUUUUGUUGGACUUUGGUUUUUUUUUAUAUAGUAAAACACAGAGUUCCUCUAUUGAUUGUAGUUGAUUGUCAAUUCUUAGUAUAGGAUUUGCAAUUUGCCCGCGUGUUGGUGAAGCAUAUCUCAACAUUUUUUGUCAAGGAGUAAAAUUUUUAUGACUGGAUGUAAAUUUUGUAAUUUGUAUCGUCAAUGUUUAUUAUUUAGAUUCUAGAAAAUGAUGUCUCAAGUCACGAAUUUGUGUAUAGAAUGAUUGAAUAUAAUGUUAUAUUUAUUCAAA